AUGGACCCACACCCGCGCCGCAGGUCGCCCCACUCCGCCAGCGGGCCGCCUAAUCGCGCUGCGCGCCCCAGCGCCGCCGCCAGCGGUGGCGGCGGCGGCUUCGGUGAAACCGUUAACCGCGGCGACGGGGCUGCGCGCGAUGCGGACUUGACACCCGCGCGGUUGGCGGAGAUGGCGGAGCGACGGCAGUUGGCGCAACUGAGGGAAUUGGAUGAUAUGGAGCUGGAGGAAGAGGGGGAGGACGAGGGGGGGGAGGAGGGGGAGGGGAGGGGAAGGGGCAGAGGGUGGCGCAGGUCCAUGGGCGCACUGGGGGCCGCCGUGGCGGGGAGCGCGGAGGGCGAGGCGAGGCGGGCAGCGGCGGGCACGGGGUGGGCGAGUGGGGAGACAGUGGGAGGGGAAGGGGUGGGCGAGAGGGAUGCGGAGGGGAGGCGGGCGACAGCAGGGGAUUCGGAAGGUGAAUGCUCGGGGGAGGCGUUAUGUGGUGCAGGUAGUGACGGGGGAGAAGGAAGGAAGCAUGGGGCGAUGGAGCAGGGAGGAGGCAGAGCAGGCGGCAGUGGGCAUGAUGCUGACGUGGCGGGUGGCGAGGAGGAGGGAGGGGAGGGAGGCAUGGGAGAUGAGAGAGAGGUGGAGGAGGGGGAGGAAGGGGAGGAGGCAGGACCUUUCGAGGAGGGAGUGGAAGAGGAAUUGGAGGAAGGGGAGGGGCGAGGGGAGGAGCAGAUGGGGGAGGGAAGCGAGCAUGGAGAGGUGCAGGCGAGGGGAGGCGGGGAGGAAGCAGGCCGUGGAGCUGACUGUGUGCGGUGCAAUGAGGUGGGCCAGGGCAGUGGCGCGGUGCAGAGAGGUAUGGACGAAGGGGAUUGGCAGGAGGAGCAAGGCACAGGAGGGGCGAGGCGGCAGCAGCAGAGACAAAGGAGGCAAGCAGUGCGAGGCGAGGAGGGAGAAGGGGAGGCGAUGCAAGAGGGAGAGGAUGUUGUGGCGCGUGGGAGGGGCGGCACAGCCCAGAGAGAGGAGGCGGGGGGCAUGGGGAGAGGUGCGCGGGAGGGGGCGGCGAGGGGAGGCGUGCAGGUGAGGGGAGGCGAGGUGGGGGCGGCGGAGAGAGCUCAGAUGCAUCAGAUACGCGCGGUGGAGGGGGAAGAGCUGGAGGAGGAAGACGAGGAGGAGGAGGGGGAGGGAGGGGCGGGGAGGAGUGCAGGUGAGCGGCGAAGGCGAGCGUCGUGGCAUGGCAACGGGCGGGGCAGCAGCAGGGGCACACAGGGGGGCGUGCAGGCAGGUGAGGGCAGGCGUGGAGAGGGGGGGCAUGGGGGCGGGAGGGGAGAUGGCUCCGCAGCACAGCAGCAGCUGCUGCAGGCAUCACAGCAAGGGGAUGAGGCAGGUGUCCUGAGCGGUGCAGAGGGUGGUGGAGGUGCCGGAAGGGGUGAUGGAAGAGGUGCUGGUGCAGGAGCAGAAGGUGCGGGUGCAUUGGCGGUGGUGGUGAGCGAGGUGGAGCGGCAGCAGAUUGAGCGCAUUCUGGCGAUCCAGGGGGAGGAGCUGGAGGAGGAGGACAUGGGUGAGGAAGACGAGGAGGAGGAUGAGGAGGAGGGGGAGGAGAGGGGUCGGGCAGCAGUGGGCGAGGCGAGGCAGCAUGCGCUGAGCUCCAGCGACAGCGAUGACCCCAGGUGA